CGUACUCUCUGGAGCAUUAUAGAAACUUGCUUGGCCACAAUAUUUGCAUGUGUUGUCACAUCUAUCCAUCCCAACAUACCAGGUCCUGAAGAUGGCCGCUGGCGCAAGAAUUAUAGAUUGACCGGUGUUAUACUACUGGGCGUAUUUGCACCGGAACUAGUCGUAACUUGGGCCGGCCGCCAAUUUGUGUGUGCACGCAGCUUCACAAAGAAAAUGAAUGACCUGAUACAGUCGCAUAAUAAGGCACAAGGUAUUGGAUCAUGGACAUUGACUCAUAGCUUCUUCGCCUAUAUGGGCGGAUUUAUGCUCUAUCGUGGCUCCGAGAGAUGCGGCAUAGUAACCGCUCAGCACAUCCACGCCGAACUCAAGAGAAGUCCUCCUCGUAUCGGACCAAUCGACAUAACUAAGGAGGAGAUCAAUGACAUGAGUAAACUCAAUGUCUUAUCCAAAGGAGUGGCCAUCAUUCAGAUCCUGUGGUUCGUUACUCAGUUGAUCGCACGUAACGCCCUGAGCUUCUCCAUAACUCCGCUCGAAAUCGGGACGAUGGCAUUUGGGUUGUUAUCCGUGCUUACUUACGUGCUGUGGAUGUGCAAACCUUACCAGGCCAAA